AUGUCCGUGUCCCCGUCCCCGCAGAACCGCACCCCGCUGAUGUUCCAGCGCAUGGAGCCGCCGUCCCCCACCCAGGAGGGACCCCCGGGCCCGGACGCGGCGCCCGCGGCGGAGCCGGCCGCGCGGGACGGGGACAUGAAGGAGAGCCAGUCCUGGGUGACGCAGCGCGCCCAGGAGAUGUUCCAGAGGACGGGCACCUGGAGCCCCGAGCGGGGACACCCCGACGAUGUCCCCAACAGCCGCCCCAACUCCCAGGUGAGCCGCGGUGCCACCCCGGUGCCACCCCGUGUGUGUCCCCACGUGUCCCCCGAGCGCCAGCCCCCGCCGUGCCUCAGUUUCCCCUCAGUUCCCACUGCCCCACCUCCCAG